AUGAAACACAUUUUCAAGAAGCUUCACAUAGGGAGCAACCACGACCCGGCCCGAUCGAACGACGCGGCACCAUCAGCGUCGACCUCAGCCGUGACGUCACCUUCAUGCGCCUCCGAUCAUCGCCAGAGCGCCGGAAACGCGCCCCCGGCGAGUCCUUUUGCUUCGUCGUCGGCGUCGCCGGAGGAGUUUCAGGUUCAGCUGGCGCUGGCGAUCAGUGCUUCGAAUUCGGAUGCUCGCGAUGAUCCGGAGAAUGAUCAGAUCCGCGCGGCGACGAUGCUGAGCUUGGGCGGCGGCGGGGGUGAUCAGACGGGGGAUGAGGCGGAGGCGGCCGCGGCGGAGACGUUGUCGAGGCACUAUUGGGAAUACAAUGUGCUAGACUACGAGGAAAAAGUGGUUGAUGGGUUUUAUGAUGUAUUUGGAAUUUCCACGGAUUCUGCAGUACAAGGGAAAAUGCCUUCCCUUACCAAUAUAGAAAAAACCCUUGGGAGAUCUGGAUUUGAAGUUUCAUUAGUAAAUCGAACAAUUGAUCCUUCCUUGGAAGAGUUGGUGCAAAUUGCACAGUGUAUUGCGGUAGACUGCCCUAUCACCGAUGUCGGAAUUUUGGUACAGAGGCUUGCUGAACUCGUUAGCGGACAUAUGGGCGGGCCUGUAAAGGAUGCUAAUAUCAUCUUGGCGAGGUGGAUGGAAAGAAGUUCAGAGUUGAGGACAUCUCUGCAAACAAGUGUACUGCCUAUUGGGUCCAUUACCAUUGGCCUCUCCCGACACCGUGCUUUACUUUUCAAGGUAUUAGCUGACAGUAUCAAGAUGCCGUGCAGACUGCUUAAGGGUGUGCACUAUACUGGUGUUGAGGAUGGUGCUGUUAAUGUAGUAAAGUUGGAGGAUGACAGGGAAUUUAUGGUGGAUCUUAUGGCUGAUCCUGGAACACUCAUACCAGCUGACAUUUCAAAUGCAAUGGACACUACCUUAAAGCCAAGCAAUCCGAAAUUGAACACAAUCCCAACUUUCCCUUCUUUGAUUGAUACUGACGUUGUGUACUCAGGACGAAAGACAUUGCAUGGAGAGGGAAGCAGCCAAAACUCGGAAAGUUCUGAGAAAGCAGAAUCAUUCUGGGGUGCAAUUGGCAACACAGGAGUUGGUUCUUCUGGAAUACCCAAGAGAGCAACUCAAUUAGAUCAUCUUCCCACAUCAGCUUUUGAAACUUCUCGGUACCGAGGGAACCGUGGGGCUCAUGCAGUUGAUGAAUUUAAUCCUUUCCAAAUAAAAGGAACUGGGAAAGCUCCUAUGUAUAACAAACCUUUGGAGAAUAAGGCCGAUGAGCUUCAGAGACCAAGAAAUAAUCUUGCCUCGUACACAAAAAAUGUUCGUGCACACAAUGAAGUCCCUAAAAAGAAGGAGUAUGAUUAUUUGGAUGGAAUUAUCCCAAGAGUUAAUCGAGAACCCAAUGGUCAUAAUCCGUCAUCUUCAGCAUCUACCAGCUCCACUAAAUCUGAUCAGAUCAAUGCUGGUGGUUUCAAAUCAACUGCUCAUUCAAAUAUGUCUGAUUAUUCACAAAGUGGCUCGGCAGAACGUGAGAAUAAUGUGAAUGGCUUCCAUGAUCGAAGAAAGUUCACGCAUGAAAGAUUCAUGGAGACCAAUCCCAAACUGAAGGAUCCAGAAAGUUGCAACUCAUCCUUUGAUUCCAUUUCAAGUAGGGUUGAGCAAGUAUUUGAUGAUGUUGAUGUAAGUGAAAGUGAGAUUCCAUGGGAAGACCUGGUUAUUGGAGAAAGAAUUGGACUAGGUUCAUAUGGAGAAGUGUAUCACGCUGACUGGAAUGGCACGGAAGUUGCUGUGAAGAAGUUCCUAGACCAGGAUUUCUCGGGUGCUGCUUUGGCUGAGUUUAAAAGAGAAGUACGGAUAAUGCGUAGGCUGCGCCAUCCUAAUGUUGUGCUUUUUAUGGGGGCUAUUACACGUCCUCCUAACCUCUCUAUCAUUACCGAGUUCCUUCCAAGGGGAAGUCUAUAUCGGAUUAUCCAUCGUCCACAUUGUCAAAUUGAAGAGAGACGAAGAUUAAAGAUGGCUCUUGAUGUGGCAAGGGGUAUGAAUUGCUUGCAUUCGAGCAACCCGACUAUUGUUCACCGGGAUUUGAAGUCUCCAAAUUUAUUGGUUGAUAAGAACUGGAAUGUGAAGGUAGGUGAUUUUGGGCUGUCGCGCUUGAAACAUAACACUUUCUUGUCCUCAAAAUCAACUGCUGGAACGCCUGAGUGGAUGGCACCAGAAGUUUUGCGCAACGAAAACUCAAAUGAAAAGUGUGAUGUAUAUAGCUUUGGAGUAAUUUUGUGGGAGCUUGCUACUCUAAAGUUGCCUUGGAGUGGGAUGAACCCUAUGCAAGUUGUGGGUGCAGUGGGUUUCCAGAAUCGCCGCCUUGAUAUCCCUAAAGAAGUUGAUCCCCCUGUUGCAAGGAUAAUUUGGCAAUGCUGGCAGACUGACCCAAACUUGCGCCCCUCGUUUUCAGAGCUCACGGUAGCUCUCAAGCCCUUGCAGCGGCUUGUCACUCCAUCAAAUAUGGACCAGCCCAGCUCACCUCUACGACAAGGUAUCUCAGUAAAUUCUAUACCUUAAAAUGCCCCGUUCUUUCAACUGUGAAUAAGGAGACAUUCUGCUUCUUUGCUUUGGAGUUAGGGUAGGGAUAGUGUGAAUGGAGAAAAGCAUGUACAACAAUUGCAGUAUUCGUUAAUGCAUGACCUGCUACUGCUGCCCAAAGAGUGCAGCAGUCUCCUUUUGUACAGUUUGCAUAGAAAUAGUUUGUCCUCUUAUUUGUAAUUAUUAUUCUAAUACCCCCAAGAUAAAGUGAAAACUUACUUUUGGUUGCGAGGAAAAUCAUUAAAGUGAUAUAGGAGUACAUAUUUCUUAUAU